CUACGUUCACUCACAGAUUUGUUGGGGUGUGUUGGUGUGUAUAACGUUAUAGAUGGAUGAAACUGGUCAGAAUAUGGACAUUGAUCACAGACAGGUCUGUCUCAACCUGGAGAAAGCCACUCAAAUCAUCACUCAAGCAUUACAGCAUGAAGCAGGUAAGAACCAGGAACUGUGCUUGUUGGUUUUCCGCCUGGAGGAGAGGGAGGCAGAAAUUGGGAGGAGCCUGACAGAACAGAUGGAGUCAAACCGACAGCUGAAGCUGAAGAUCGAUGAGCUAAAGAAAGAUCUGGAGGAAAAGGACAACUCUUUCACACAAGCAAAUCAGACUGUGACUCUCCUGAAGAAUAAACUGAGGGACCUGCAUCAACAGCUCCAGAUCCAACAGAGUAACCAUAGGGCAUUUCAGGAACUGAACAAGUGGCUGCCGUGUGAGCAGAGCCAGCUCAAGAUUGAGAACACAAUGGACACGUCUGGCCCUGAGAAUCUGAUGGAUGUGUCGGACUCCCAGUGUCCGUUGGUGUCGUCUGACGCUCAGAGGUCACUGGAGGGUCCAGUGUCCAGGAUUAAAGAAGAAGUCGAUGGUGGAUAUGGAGAGUACAGUCAGUCUGAGAGAACUGACCACAGAACAGAAAGCAUCAUCUCUUCAGCAGCAGAAUUUAGGCUUGAACUGAUCCGGGAAGAAGAGAAACCAAUCACGGUUCCAGCCCUCAUCUCUGAAAUGGACCUGUCUCUUACAGACCCCGAGUCUCUGGCCCGGUUGAGCGGCGUGUCACUGAUGCCGAAGGACUGCUCAAAGACACAGAGAGGGUGUAAUGUGGAGAUGAAUGACGGAGAACAGCCUGAGAACAGUAAUGUAACUAGCACAUGGCGGGCAAGUUUACAGCGGUUUCAAAGUGUUAACACCACCGAAGAGGGGAGUAUCACUCCAGAUGGACAGGAUGUACCGACCUUUGCAGAUAUUUGGAGAGAAAUGGACAAAAUAAAGGCUUCCAUACACGAUUUAAGGACAGGAGAAGAAACAGGUGCCCAAUUCCAUGGGGCAUUUAAUGAAAUGAUAUAUCAACAACCCUCCUGUACCAAGGACAAAAUACCACUCGAGUUGGCGGCACAAGUGAGGCGCAUAUACCGCAGUCUGGAUGAACACCUACAGUGGAGUGUAGGGCCAGAUGACAGGUUUAGAACAAACCAUAAUGAAGAGGUGACUCUAGCCAUCAUUCAAGCAAUAAAAGACUCUGGGGAGAAUUGGGGACCCGACCGAGUUAUGAGAAGAGCCUGCGGUAAGUUUUUUGAACACUUAAAGGCUCAAAAGAAGAUAGAGCUAGCUGGGACAACAGAGGAGAUCAAGAGGAAGAAGAUGUUAACAAGCAGACGUGAUCGGCUUUUCAAAAAGCGUGUGCAGGUAGCUUGUGGCAUCUUAAACCACGAAGACUACUGUUUCCUCCAAGGAGCCGACCCCAGCUUUAUGUCUGAUGAGGAAAGUGGAGCUGAAGACAGGGAGGUGUUAGUUGUGUUACCACCAAGAUGGAGGGCCACUCGACUGACAAAGAUCGUCCAGUGUUGCCAGCAGGUCCUGGACACCAACAGGCACCAUGGGCGAAAGCCUGGGUCAACAAGACGUCGCAUAACAGAAAUGGGGCGAUUCUCCUCCCGGGAGCCUCCCACGGCCUGUGAUAAAAUGAUCUAUGUUCAACUGGAGGGACAGGGAAUGUAAAUUGUACUGUAUCUAAACAUUUUAUAUAUUUUGUAAAUGCUUCUAAACAUAACGAAAAGUAUGCACCAAAGUGUAGCCUAUUGCUCAUUGAUUUGCACAGUCCAAAUUAAAGUACUCUUCUCUUUGAUCAGUGUCCUGUUACUUACAGUACGUCAAUCAUUUCAACCAGUUGAUGGCUUGCUCAUGCUCCAUUUGGGGUCAUGGGAUGGAUUGAAUGAGUUGCUCAAGAUAUAGGCCUCACUAUUUCUAGUUUCUGGCCCAAACAUAUCGACUUUAAUUGGAGUAUGAGAGGGUACCUUCUCAACAGAACUGUAUUUGAUACUGUAGGCUCUGAGAAAAGCCGAGUGUAUGUUGUUGUCGGUGUUGGCGCUGUUCAGAUGUCAGAUCAGAUCUUUAACAUGAAUCAAUAACACCAAACAUCGCUGCAUAAAAAGAGUAAAGACUAGUGCAGAAGUUACACCUUUAUCUAAAAAGUACUACCUCCAUU